UAACCACAUCAAAAUCAUUUUAUCCAAUUCGCACACACUUAUGUCAACAAAAGUUCGAACAUCAAGUUCUCAUAUACCUUUCCAUCCACACUCUUCGAACAUUUUUGCAUCAUCUUAAGUCGAGUUUGAUAAAGUCACUCUUUGUUCCGAAUAAUAGAAAGUGAACAUAUCUUUGGGGGCAAGAAUGGUGUAGCCUCAAAGAAAAGAAUUAUAAAAUUCUCACAAGCCAAACAACCCAACUUUUCAACUCGCUGGUUUAUAAAUCUCAAAGAUCCUGAAAGCAACCUUGAUUUCGUUCAACCAACCAGUUAAUCAUUCCUCCACCACAAAAGGAGCACAAUACACUACACCAAUGCAAAUUUCACAACCCUGCCUUGAACAACGAGAAGCCCGAAGGAGGUCCAAUUAAUAGCUCGCACAAUUGAGGAUCAAGUCUACAAAAGGCAAUGAUUCAAUUCUUGUGGGCGUUCAAUUUAAAGGAGCCCAAGUCAACGAAAACAAAAUAUUUUCAAAACAACUGAAAAUGUAUCAUAUCCUCUAUUUGCAUAUACACGACAUUAUCAUUCAUUAGCAUUGACUCAUCACACAAUCAUUUCCAACAUCAUUUUUUAUACUCAGUACUUGACAUCAUCAUACAUCAAAGUGAAUUGUUAUUCGUCACAAAAACCUCUCAAACAUUUACUAAAUGUAUGUUAAAACUUUUCAUGCGAAAUACAAAUACACAUUUUCAUUAAUGAUAAGCUUGAUUUUAUCAUAGUUAUUAUUCUCAUUGUUCGAUUUGAUUUCUAUCAUAGACAAUUUGAGUACAACUUCCUUACAGAAUGAUUAGCUUGAUUUCAUCGUUGUCAUUUUUCUCAUUGUUUCGAUUGAUUUCUAUCACAAACAAUUUGAGUACAAUGUCGUUACAAAAUUAUUAGCUUGAUUUUACUGCUAAAAAUACUAAAUUGGUGCUGGCGAGCGCCUGAAAAAUACGACACGGACGCUGGUGAGCGUUCGAAAAGUACUCUGGUGCUGGCGAGCGCCUGAAAAAUACGACACCGACGCUGGUGAGCGUUCGAAAAGUACAUUGGUGCUGGCGAGCGCCUGAAAAAUACUACACCAAUGCUAAUAAGCAUAAAACAAUUAACCAUCAAAAUAAGUUCAACAAUUAGCGCUGGCGUGCGCUUCAUUUACGUCCUCAUCAGGAAACCCCAACAAUUAGCGCUGACGUGCGCUUCGUUUACGUCAUCAUAAGAAAAAACCCAACAAUUAGCGCUGACGUGCGCUUCAUUUACGUCAUCAUCGAGAAAAAUAUAACAAUUGGCGAUGACGAACGCCGAAAAAAUACGUCACCAACAAAAUAUAAUCCUCGACUGAACUAAGAAAAUGUGGUGUCUAUACGGGAACUUUGUAUAACUCUUUACAUAAAGAGAUAUACAAGGGGGCAACUGUAGACACCCCAUUUUGUCCGGGUCAAUUACUCAACUAAAAUUCUAAUUUAAACUUGAAAUGUCGUAAGAUAAUUAGAUUGGCCAUUGCGAGUCUAAUAUCGAUAAUUGUAUAAUUUAUUCGAAUUCGAUUCGAGUGGAUUUAAUAGGACCGAUUGGCUUCCAAUUUAUGCUUUUGGCACAUCACAAAAAAUACAGAAGAAGAAGAAGAAAGUUUUAUUUAAAUUAUCAAUAAAUUAUGCAAUUACAAUAAGAAUAUAAAUUACAAAUAAGAAUUACUAAAUGAAAAUUACAAUCAAUACAUCUUUCUUCCAUCUCUUGAAUAGCCCGCCAGCCAUGAACCAAGUUCAAGCCCAGAUUUCGGCCACAAGUCCAAAGUCAAGCCCAUGCAACAAGGCCAGAUCCAGCCCAAAGUCAAUGCUUGGUCAAGCCCAAAUGCAAGGUCCAACUCCAAGACUAGCCCACAUGGUCAAGAGAAGGCCGGUCAGCUCAGAAGCGACCCAACCCGACGGACCGGUUGAACCAAAAUUGGUCCGACCGAACCCUGGAACCACCGCCUCCUUUUUCUAUAAAAGCAGGCUCAAUUUUCAAGAACCGAGGACGGCUUUUGGGGAGGGGAAAAUAGUGGGAAAACACUCUUUUCUUUCAGUCAGUUCAGAGUUCUCUUUUUCUUCUUCUUAGUAGUUCAGAGAGGGAAAGUGCUGAGAACUAGAAGGAGAAAUACAACACACGUUCUUUUCCUUCUCUAUUCUCUGUAAAAAUAGAAGUAGAAGAAAAGCCCAACAAGGUCUGCGGUUUACUAAUCCAGGUUCAUCAUCCAUUGCUAAUAAUAUAACCUCUUUUGCGGUUUUGCUACUCUUUUCUUCUUUUUCUCCACCAUUACUAUAGUUAUUAUAUUACCAUCGUUACUACAUCAUACUUUCAAAAAGAGAAAAAAAUCAAUCAAUUCCAAUCAAACUACAAAAUGACCAAAUUGAUUUUAACAAAAAAGAAAUCACAACUUAUCAAUUCAGACUUACCAAGUCUCAUUUACUUUACCAUCUCUUCCAUUGAUAAUAGUUUAUUUUUCAGUUCCUUUAUUUAUUUGUUUCAAGCAUUCACUUUAUUACCUGUUAGUCAUAUUAGCCUAUAAAUCUCUCAUCUUUUAAUUUACGCUUAUUACUAUUUAUUUAUUACUGUCAUCUACUCCAAGUUUUAUUACCAUUUCCAUAAAGCUAUAUACUAUCUUCUUAAUUUGUGUCAGAUUUCAAUUCUCUCGUUAUUUCUGCAUAUACAUAAAAAUAUACCAUGCAUAUGGAGUAAACACAAGCAUUUUCCCCCAAAUCUCAAAUCUCAGAAUCAUAAAUUUAUGACCAAAUCAACUACGAUAGUCAGACCCCAAUCCCAACUCAGGAGCAUCAAUCACAAAAUUUCCUAACCUAAUUAGAUACCAAAGGUUAACCGAAACGAAAAUAAGGGUAGGGAGAAACCGCACCCAGAUCUAGCCUCUUUUUGUAACCUGCGAAAAAGCAGAAAGGGUUAGAACCCAAACUCGGAAUAAAAAACCCAGAAAAUCAAACAUACAAAACCAUAAUCCGCCACUUACCAUCGAUCUAGUCACCGCCGGUGACUCCCUCUUCUCCCUUUUCCUCCUCAUCCAAAUCCGAAACCCAAAAACAAAUUAGGAAUUAGGAAUCCCAAUUAUAAUCCAAGAGAUAGAAAUUAGGAAGCAUGCAUGUCGUGUUUCUUACCCGGGUCGAUUUCCCCUUAACUUCCCGGCCAGAGUCGAGAGCGGCGGCGCAUAGAGAGAGAGAGAGGGGUCGCCGUUCGAUCUCCAUGGAGGCGGCUGCUAGGAUUGAUUAGGAUUAGGGUUUCGAUUUGCAAGGAUAAAGCAUAAAACGAGAGGGAUUGAGAGAGAGGGCGGCGCCGUUUGGCAUCGUUUAGGGUUUUUGGAGUCUCUUCUGAGACGAGAGUGAGAGAGAGAGGCGAAGUGUUGACGUUUUCGGUUUUUCCCAUUCUCGUUUCAGAAGAACGCGAGAGAGAGAGAGGAGAGGAUAGAGGCCGGCGGCCGAAUUAGUGUGAUUAGGGUUUCGUUCUGUUUAUAUACCUUUCCAAUUGACUAAAAUGCCCCUAGGGUUUUCAGCUUAUUUCGCAGCCAUGCCACCGUGUUUUUGAGUAAUUACAAAAAUACCCUUCCCCCUUUUGCUGCACUAAAACGAGAAACAAAAAAACAUAUCCAUCACCGUGGUUCGAAACCGCGUCCUCGUGGGUGAAGACGAACCAGUUAGUUAGCCAGCCAGUUGGGCUACUGACCCAUCAUUCGUCUCUUUAACCAUCCCGCUUAGUUUUCUUUGUUUUAAAGUUCUUAAUACAAAAAUGUGAAAUGC